UAAACUUGCUACUCACGGUCAAUCUAUCAGCAAAACUCGGCAACUGAUGUUUCGACGAUGUCGAAGUGCGCGCACGUUAUCGCUUUCGGUUUGCAAGCUGGCUUCCUAAGGAAUGCACUGCGCUCGCUUUCAAAUUGCAAUACGUUGCAUAGAAACAAAUAUGACUCCUUUGGCAAGCGUUUGAUGAGUACCGAGAAAUCGACAGGUAUACAAACCCAUCGAAAAUGCAAUGUGGUAGUUAUUGGCGGUGGUGCUGUUGGAGCCUCUACUGCUUAUUGGCUCAAGAAGCGAGGUAAAAAAGAUCUCAGUGUGAUUGUUCUGGAACGGGAUCCGACCUACAAGGAGGCUUCCACUGUGUUGUCUGUCGGUGGAGUGCGUCAGCAAUUUUCACUGCCUGAAAAUAUUCAGAUGUCCAUAUAUGGCGGCGAAUUCAUACAGAACUCUGUCAAAUAUUUGGGUGAUGUGGAUUUGUGUUUCCGCCCACAUGGCUAUUUGGUUCUCGCUUCAGAAUUAUGUGCCAAAAUUUUGCAACAAAAUUCCAGGCUACAAAACGAAUUGGGCGCCCGCAAUGAACUACUAACACCGUCUCAAUUAACACAGAAAUUCCCGUGGAUUAACACUGACGACGUGGCAUUGGGUUGCUAUGGACUUGAAAACGAAGGCUGGUUUGAUCCUUGGGCUCUUUUAGGAGGCUUCCGCAACCGUGCCAAGGAGUAUGGUGCUGAUUUCCUUCACGGCGAAGUCCUUGAUUUCGAUAUACCAAACGACUCUAAUAAAAUCAACUCUGUCAGAGUUCGAGCCAGAAACAAUGAUAUCUGUACUGUGGAUUUCGACAUUUGCGUCUUGGCUGCGGGUGCACGUUCAGGUCAAAUAGCUCGACAGGCAAAUAUUGGUACGGGGCCCGGUGAGUUGGCUACAUCGCUUCCUGUUGAGCCACGCAAACGGUUUGUCUAUGUUUUUACCACACAGGGUAAAAAUGCUCCCGGUCCGGGUACACCUCUCACGAUAGAUCUCGAUGGAACAUAUUUCAGGCGUGAUGGCAUGGGCAGUAAUUUUAUUACAGGCCGCAGUCCAUGCAACCAACAAUCUGAGCCGCCAGUAAGUAGCUUGGAUGUUGAUCACGAAUACUUCGAGACGGACAUAUGGCCAACUUUAGCGAAGCGUUGUAGUGCAUUUGAAUCGAUCAAAGUAUGUGGUAGUUGGGCUGGCUACUACGAAUACAACACGUUUGAUGAGAACGGCAUAGUUGGUCCACAUACGUACUAUAAAAACCUUUUCAUCGCGACUGGGUUUAGUGGGCAUGGUAUUCAACAGUCGCCUGCAGUGGGUCGAGCCAUUUCGGAGCUAAUACUAGAUGGUCGCUAUAAAAGUAUAGAUCUAAGUCGCCUAGGGUUCGAUAGGAUUGCUUGCAAUAGACAAAUGUGUGAAUUGAAUAUCUAUUAGGAAAAGCGACUCCUAAAAUGAUGUUUUGAAUGGAAAUCCUUUAUUUGAAUAAUCAAUAAAUAAAACUAAUAUUUUUGUUUUGCACAAUUA